UAAAAUUGAAACAACUAAAACGUAAUAUUAUUGCAAAUAUAAAUAAUUUAUGCUUAUCUGUAUUUAUUUGUGAACAUUUACUUGUGAAAUAAAACGUGAAAAAACAUUAAAAAUAAUAUGCGAUAAAACAGUUAGUAAAAGAUGAAGAUCUUUUACUGGAAGUAUCUGUUACUUUGUGUCUUAAUCGUAUUGUUCAGUGGAAAUAUAGGAGAAACAUUUUCCCCUUACGAAGAUAUACACUUACAAAAUGUGGAAUUUUCAAAAUAUCAUGAGAUAUCACAAAACGAUGACUAUAGAUUACCAAUAUCUAUUAAACCCAUUUCCUACGAAAUUAUGCUUGUACCAAAAUUACAAGAAAAUUUUACAUUUGAAGGCAUCGUAAAAAUUACCGCUGUGGUACAAAACGAAACUGACAAAAUUACGCUACAUAAAGGAAAUAUCCAAAUCGUAAAUCAAUCCGUUUUAUUGGAAAAUAAAACUGUUAACAUUAAGGAUUUUAUAUAUGAUAAAAACACUGAAAAAUAUACCAUUAUCGUUUCCGAAACUUUUAAAAGAGAAUCGCAGAUACUAAUUGCUUUCGAUUAUAACGGUAUCUUGAAUGAUAAUAUGAUCGGAUUUUAUAGAAGUUCUUACUUUGAUAAAGAUAAUCAGAUCAAGUGGCUAGCUGCGACACAGUUUCAAACCACACACGCGAGACAUGCUUUCCCAUGUUUUGAUGAGCCAAGUUUUAAGGCAAAAUUCACGAUUCGCAUAUCAAGAGACGAUAAAUAUAAAUGCAUCAGUAAUAUGCCUGUAAAUAAGACUGAAAAAUUGAAAGACCAGGUCUGGGAUACCUUCCAUGAAAGUGUCCCUAUGUCCACCUAUCUAGUGGCAUUUGUUAUUUCGGAAUUUGAUUCUAUUGGCUCAGAGGUAUUUAAAGUUUGGUCUAGGCAAUCCGUCAUCGAGCAAACGAAUUAUGCUUUGAAGAUUGGUACUACAGCUUUAGAGUUACUCGGUAAUAUGUUUGAACAAAAAUAUCAUCUUCCUAAAAUGGACAUGGUAGCUGUACCCGACUUCGCAGCCGGAGCCAUGGAAAAUUGGGGAUUGGUGACAUAUCGCGAGUCUAGGAUGCUAUACGAUGAGAAAGAAUCAUCGGCACCAGCACAACAGGACGUGGCUUCCGUAAUUGUGCACGAGCUCACGCAUAUGUGGUUCGGGAACCUAGUGACACCAGAAUGGUGGAGCUAUCUCUGGCUUAGUGAAGCAUUCGCUAGAUAUUUUCAGUAUUUUGGUACAGCGGAAAUUGAAAAAUCAUGGAACAUGAAAGAACAAUUCGUAGUGGAACAGCAUGAAUCUGCUUUAAUAGCGGACGGUCUUGAAUCUUCUCGACCGAUGACUCGAGAAGUUUCCAAUCAAUCACAACUCGAAGGAAUAGGAGAUUCUAUCACCUAUGCAAAGGGAGCUAGCAUUGUUCGUAUGAUGAGUCUCAUGUUUGGAACCAACGUCUCCGAACUCGCAUUACGCGAUUACAUACAUAAUAACAAAGAAAAAGGAUUGGGCCAUCCAGAUGCUUUAUGGGAAGCAAUAGAAAAUCAUCUACAACAUACAACACAAUCCGUUACAGUGAAAACAAUAAUGGAUACUUGGACUACACAAGCUGGAUACCCCGUUGUAUCAGUCAAUAUCGAUGACAAGGGCAAAUUUCUUAUUACUCAACAACGCUUUCUUCUAAGAAACUUGAAUAAAACUCCUACAAAUGUCACAUGGUGGGUGCCGCUUACAUGGGCUACACAAACCGAACCAAAUUUUAAUAAUACUCUUGCCAAGAUUUGGCUGUCCACUGAAAAAGAUACUAUAGAUCUUAAAAUUGAUCCGAAAGAAUGGGUGAUAUUCAACGUUCAAUCAUCGGGCUUCUAUCGAGUUAAUUAUAAUUAUGAUGGCUGGCAGCGCAUUUUCAAUGUCUUAAAUAGCGACAAAUUCAACGAUAUUCACGUAUUAAAUAGAGCCGGAAUCAUAGACGAUUUGUUAAAUUUGGGUAGAGCAGGACUCCAAGAUUACGAAACAGUUUUGAACGGACUAAUGUAUCUUAAACAGGAAACGAAUUAUUUGCCCUUUAAAGCAGCACUCAAUGGUUUAGAUUAUUUGAAUAAACGAUUUGCAGGACACGAAGAACAUUCUUUUAAGUUAUUAUUUUAUUAUGAAUAUGUUCUGUCUCUUCUCCAUGAUAAACGCAAAAAAUUAGGAUACGAAGAUAGCACAAAUGAUGAUAGAUUAACAAUUUUAUUACGACGAGAAAUAAAUAAAUGGGUUUGCAAUUUAGAUGACGAUGAAUGUGUAACAGUUUAUAUGGAGAAGUUCAAACAGUGGAAAAUAAAUAUUUCUAUCCCUAUUAAACCAAAUGAAAGAUCUACAGCAUAUUGCGUUGCCGCAAGAUAUGGAACUCAUGAAGAUUGGGAAUUUUUGUGGAAACAAUAUUUGAAUUCUAAUUAUGUCACAGAUCAAAUAGUGAUUAUGAACGCUCUUGGAUGUAGCUUGAAUACCACCAUUUUAGAAAAGUACUUAGGAUAUGCUAUCAGCGAUUACGCAAACAAUCGAAUUCGUAAACAAGACAGUACAAACGUCUUCGCUGCCGUUUAUAAUUCUGGUUUGACUGGCGCUGAAUAUAUUCUUGAAUUUGUUGAAAAGCAUUACAAAGAAAUGGAGAAAUAUUAUGGAGGCCAAAGUACAAUAGCCACAAUUCUCAAUGGAGCUUCGCAACAUUUCUCUACACCUAGAUUAGUGGAGAAAUUCCAAAAUCUCAUAAACAAGACGGAAUUCGCAUCGAUCUUCGAAUCUUUAGAGUCUUCUUUAAAAAUUGCUAGAUACGAAUUGGAAUGGUAUAAGUCCGUUUCGGUUUCUAUUAUUCGAUGGCUACGUGUACAAGAAGGAAUCAAAUAUCGCCUACCAACGAAUAUAAGUCCCAAAAAAUAUGUCAUAUCCGUUACGCCUUAUCUCGAGAUAGGAAAUUUCACUGUCGACGGACACGUCAAGAUUGAAGCCGACGUUGUGCAACAGACAAAGCAAAUAGUUUUGCACUCGGCGGAAAUUGACCAUCAUACGAUAACUGUGACAGCUAAUCAGACAGAAGUUAAAAUCGCAAGUGAAAAUAUCGAAAAGAAAUAUGAUUUUUAUAUAAUAAAUCUUGAUCAAGAACUACCCGUUGGAACGAAAUUGAUCAUCGAAAUCGAGUAUACAAGUUACUUAAAUCCAUCAGAACUUCGUGGUUUUUAUAAAAGUUCGUACGUGGAUGAUGAUGGAAAGACGAGAUGGCUUGCAACCACGCACUUAGAACCCGUUGGUGCCAGAAAAAUGUUCCCUUGCUUUGAUGAACCGGCACUGAAAGCACUUUUCACCGUGCAAGUUAGUGUACCAUUAAAUUAUUAUGCUGUCAGCAAUAUGGAAUGGAAAUCGAAGGAAAAAGUUGAUGAUCGCCUAUUAUAUACUUUCUAUGAAUCAGUAAAGAUGUCGACGUAUCUAGUAGCGGUUGUCAUUAGCGAUUUUGAAAUUAAAUAUGCGACGAAUAAAACUGAAUAUGCCGUACUUGCUCGUCCCAACGCCAUUAAUCAAGCGGAAUACGCUGUAUCCUUAAUAUCACCAAUCGUUAAUUUCUUUGAGACCAAGAUGAGACAGCAAUAUGAAAUCUCCAAACUCUACAUGGUUGCACUGCCAGAUUUUCCAUCAGGCGCAGGGGAAAAUUGGGGUCUCUUGACAUACAGAGAAUCGAAUUUAUUAUACGAUGAGAAUCACUCUCCGAUCACGAGCAAGCAAAAUAUCAGAAACGUGAUCGCCCAUGAAAUUUCCCAUCAAUGGUUCGGAAAUUUGGUCAGUCCUUUAUGGUGGAAGUAUCUAUGGUUAAACGAAGGAUUCGCCAGAUACUUCGAGUAUCACGUUCCUGCUCGUGUGUUCAAUGAUACGACGUUGGAAGCGCAAUUUGUGGUGGAUGAAGUCCAUUCUGCUUUCAGAGCAGACAGUUCCUAUUCUACGCACGCCUUGAAUUACGAUGUAUAUAGUCCACGAGAAAUUCGAAGUAUAUUUGAUACUAUUACUUAUGCGAAAGGCGCCAGCAUAUUAAGAAUGAUAGAAAACUCAUAUGGAACUGAAAUGUUCUACACGGCGUUAAGUGAUUAUCUUAGUAAAAGAAAAUACAAUGUUGCGACAUCGGAAGAUUUAUAUGCAGCAUUUCAAACACAAGUUACGAAAAAAGAUUUAAAAGACAAUAUCACAUCUAUUUUGGACACAUGGGUUACCCAACCUGGCUAUCCUGUUGUUCAUGUCGAUGUUAAAGAAGAUACUAUGAUUUUGAGACAAGAACGAUUCCUUUUUAAGCAAUAUAAAGAUAAUUCUAUUUGGCAUAUACCGAUCACAUGGGCAUCAAUUAAUAAUCGUUCAGAAUAUUCCAAUACCAUGCCAAAACAAUGGUUAACAAAGAAUGAAAUGGAAAUAAAAAAUUUAUCACUAUCACUCUCUAUAUUCAACGUGCAGCAAUCUGGUUAUUAUCGCGUAAAUUAUGACGAGAAAUAUUGGAUAAAAUUAUUUGAUUACCUUCAAACUGAUAAUAUUAGUACAAUUCAUGAAAUAAAUCGCGCAGCAUUAAUUGAUGAUCUCAUGAAUUUUGCACGAGCAGAUUACAUCAAUUAUAAAAUUGUCAUAUCAGCUUUAAGAUAUUUAACACGAGAAAAUCAUUAUCUUCCCUGGCGCGCAUUUUACAAUAAUCUGCCUUACUUGAACAACCGUUUUCGGGGACGUAGUAUUGAAGAACUAUAUAAAAAAUAUUUAAUAUCUCUUAUAGAACCGCUUUACACACAAUUAGGUUUCGAAGAUAGAGAUUAUGAUGAUAAUCUAACUAUCAUGUUAAGAAUGCACACUCGUAAAUGGGCUUGUAAAUUAAAUAUAGGAAAUUGCAAAUUCCAUGCUACAAGAUAUUUCCAACAAAAACGAUAUUCAGGAACAAUACCUCCAAAUUAUCGCGAUGUUGUUUAUUGCACAGCCAUGAAUGCAGAUAUGACAACGAAUACUUAUGAUUUUCUGUGGAAGGAAUACUUAAAUAGCAAUGUCACUACAGAUAAACUUGUGAUUCUUAGCUCAUUGGCAUGUUCGCAAAAUAAAAUUAUUUUAGAAAAGUUAUUACAAGAUGCGAUUACAGAGAAUUCAUAUAUACGCUACCAAGAUAGCGCGAAAGUAUUCUCGAAUGUCUACGAUGCUAGUUUAAUUGGUAUUGAAGUUGUCAUGAAUAUCAUUAAAAAUAAUUAUGAUGAUAUACUACACAACAAUUUUGAUGAUUAUACAAAAAUCGGAAAUAUAGUGAAUUCUCUGGCAAGCAGAUUAUCUACUCUUCACCUCUAUAAACAGUAUCAAAACUUACUGGUUUGGCUGGUUGCAAAAGAACCAGCUUUCACUAAAUCUAUCGAUUCCUAUUUGUCAACGGCGCAAUACGAAUUUGAUUGGUAUGAGAGAAAAGCGCCAACAAUUGUAGAAGAAUUGGACAAGCUGUUUUUACACAACAAAUAUCGCUUGCCUAACACACUUUAUCCAGAACUAUACAAUGUGACUCUCAAGCCUAAUAUAGAGGAAAGUGUUUUUACAGGAAAAGUGCAGAUAUACAUGAGAGUCGUAAAUGAUACUAUAUCUAUAAUUCUCAAUUCACAAAAUCUCAAUAUUUCAAAUAUAAAAGUCUUCAGAAAUUAUACGACAAACAAUUAUUUAGAUACCGAACCAAUACAAAUAUUAAACUAUGUAAAUGAGCAACUAUUUGUACAACAAUUAAGAAUAUAUCUCAAUUCUGAAGUUAAAAAUGAGGAACAGAUAAUGGCAGAAAUUGAUUUUAAUGGCAUUCUUAAUGAUGAUAUGCAGGGAUUUUAUCGCAGCUCCUAUUUAGACAGUGACGGAAAACAACAUUGGCUAGCUACAACACAAUUCCAACCUAUAUAUGCUAGAAAAGCCUUUCCUUGCUUCGAUGAGCCAGCAUUCAAAUCUCAGUUUAUAAUUAAUAUUGAAAGACCGAAUCAUUACAAUGCACUAAGUAAUAUGCCACAAUCUAGAGAGUUGAAGAAUGAUAACUAUACAUUGGAUAUAUUUGAUAUCAGUGAAGUGAAAAUGCCAACGUAUCUGGUAGCAUUUGUUAUUUCUGAAUUUAAACCUGCAGAUGAAUCUGAAAAGUUUCUAAACGUAUGGGGUAGACCCGAAGUCGCAAAGUAUGGCAAAUUUGCUCAAGAUAUCGCCAAAGCAUUUAUUGAUGAGUUGCAAAAUUUCACGAAUAUCAAGUAUUCUUUGCCUAAGCUGGAUUUAGUAGGAAUUCCUGAUUUCUCGAUGGGCGCAAUGGAGAACUGGGGUCUUUCUACUUUCCGCGAAUAUGGGCUCUUUUAUAACGAAACCGAAACCACAGCCACGUAUGAAAAAUACAUAAUAACCGUAAUAGCACACGAACUUACACAUAUGUGGUUCGGGAAUUUAGUUACUUGUGCGUGGUGGAAUUACUUGUGGCUCAAUGAAGGCUUCGCUCAAUAUUUCGAAUAUUUUGUGGCUGAUCAGAUAUGGCCAGAUUAUCAAUUCAUGGAUCAAUUUGUGGUUUAUGAACUGCAAUCUGCUUUGUUACAAGAUUCUUCAUCUUCACCCCAUCCAAUGACAAAUCCCGUUGAAUUACCUGAAGAAAUAAAUAAUAUUUUCGACUAUGUCACUUAUGCAAAAUCUGCCAGUAUCUUACGAAUGCUAUUUAAUACGAUGGAAGUUAGAAAUGUAUCUGAGAAGUUAAUACUUCGCCAUUAUUUGAAUAAACAAAUGAAAUAUGGUACAGCACGUCCUACAGAUUUAUGGGAAAGCUUCGAACAAUUUGUAUCAAUAUCACCAAACAUGAAAAAGACAAGCAUCAAGGAAAUAAUGAAUACUUGGACAAAUCAACCGGGAUAUCCUGUCGUGAAUGCUACAUUAAAUAAUUAUAAAUUAACGCUAACUCAGGAACGGUUUCUAAUAAACAAAGCUACCACUAACGAUGAAUUUUAUUGGAUACCGAUUUAUGUUGUCACAUCCAUGGAUUCUAAUAAAUAUAUAGUUAUGGAUCCCACAGUAUGGCUAGGACCAAAUCCUGAAAGUAUAUAUAUCAAUCCCGUUAAUGAAUGGUUUAUCGUAAAUUACAAACAAACUGGGUUUUACCGUGUUAAUUAUGAUAUUUAUUCAUGGCAACGAUUAAUCAAUCAACUGAAUAGUCAAGGAUUCGAAUCUAUCGAUGUCUUAAAUCGUGCUCAAAUUAUAGAUGAUCUCUUUAACUUAGCUCGCGCCACUUACGUAGAUUACGAAUUGGUGCUAAAUGCAGCGCAGUAUUUGAUCAAAGAGACAAAUCACUUACCAUGGAAAGCGUUCUUUAACGGCUUGUCGUAUGUUUACGAACGAUUUGAAGACAAGAGCAAAAAUCAGUCCUAUCUGAAGAAAUUUGUGUCCCAAAUAAUGUCCGCGAUGUAUAAUAAAACAGGAUUCUAUGAUCGCAAGGAGGAUAAGCUUCUAGACAGAUUAAAUAGAGAGAUGAUUCUCCAAUGGGCUUGUAAACUCAAUGACGUGGAUUGUGUUAAAAAAUCUAAAGAUUUAUUUGCAACUUGGCUUAAUAAUAAUCAAAGCCGAAUCCCACGUAAUGCACGAUCAGCUGUCUAUUGUACUGUGAUAAAGGAAGGAACUACAAAUGAGUGGGAAUUUUUGUGGAAGCAGUACCUAGAAACAAACUUUGGAUCAGAAAAGAAAAUUAUUAUAAAUGCACUUGGAUGUUCCACAAACAAAGCAACACUUCAAAGUUAUCUAUGGAUGGCCAUCGAAAAAUACAAUCCUACAAACGCUAUUGUUCGCCGUCAAGAUGUUUCAGCAGUAUUUGCUUCCGUAUAUAGUGCAAGUCAACUAGGAGUGGACGUUACUCUUGACUUUUUAAUAACAAAUAUCUUAGAAGUCUUUGCUUAUUUCAACAAUUGGGACGAUGUGGCGGCUUUGUUCAAUAACGUGGCAUCUCAUAUAUCGAGUUGGGAUCAAUAUGAUAAGCUGAGCACGUUUGUCAAAUCUUAUGUAAUUUUACCGCCAGACAUCAAAGUAAGAUUAACUUCUGCCGUCACUACUGCAGAAGCCAAUUUGAUGUGGUAUAAAAGAAAUAAUCAAAUAAUUAUUCAAUGGAUAAGAAAAAAAUCUGAUACAGAUACUUCUAUAAAUUCUAAUGGUUCUACUACAAUAGGAUCAUUAAAUGUUAUCUUUAUGAUUCUUGUUGCUUUAAUAUCGCAUUUUGUAAGCUGUUAUUGAGAAAUUGCAAUAAAUAAAUUA